AUGGCCGCCGGCGCAACCCCCACCAGCGGCGGAGCUCCGCAGACCCAGAAGGUCAGCGAAAUCGUCGCUGGCUUCCGUCCGACCCGCUGCUUCCGCGCCGAGAGCAAGGAAACAUCGGUAACAUCGCUCGACUUUGAUGACUCGGGCGAGCUGGCUAUCGUCGCGCGCGACGACGACACGCUGCAAAUAUACAACUGCAAAGAAGGGAAGCAUGCGAAAGAGCUCAAGAGUCAGAAGUACGGCGUGCACCUAGCCCGCUUUACCCAUCACGCGCAGAGCAUCAUCUAUGCCAGCACCAAGGUCGAUGAUGGUAUCCGCUACCUGUCAACACACGACAAUUCGUACAUCCGCUACUUCAAGGGUCACACCGAUACCGUGACCUGCCUGGCUCUAAAUCCCUCCAACGACACCUUUGUCUCGUGCUCCCAGGACAACACUGUACGGCUGUGGUCUCUCAACUCCCCCAACACUCAGGGCAUGCUCAAGCUGCACGCUCCGUACCUUGCUGCCUAUGACCCCUCUGCCAGCGUCAUCGCUAUCGCCUCGCCCCCGACCCAGACCAUCCUCCUGUACGACGUGCGUAAUUUUGACAAGCCACCGUUUGCAACAUUCGACCUGCAUGAGAUGGAGCAGCAGUACACGCCCGGAUCUGUAGGUCGCACCUGGUCGAAGCUGGAAUUCUCAAACGACGGAAAACAUCUUGUCCUUGGCACUACUGGCGGUGGACACUUCGCGUUGGAUGCUUUCGAGGGAAGUCUCAAGCAUUUUUGCCUAAGAGAGCUAGGUACUUCUGGGCGUCGCGCUGCGGGUGAAUACGCUGCGCCCGGGACAGUGGCAGGGCAAGGUGAUACUUGCCUUUCCCCAGACGGCCAGUAUUUGAUCGGAGGCUCAGGCGGCAAUGGCUUGCUUGCGUGGAAUUUGCAUACCCAAUCGUCUUCUGACCGCAUUCUCCAGCCGUUUACCGAUCUUCCCGGGCCUGGGAAAGCGGCCGUGGUGGGGUACAACCAGCGGAUGAACCUGGUGUGCACUGCUGAUAAGGACUUCAUGAUCUGGCUGCCAGAUCCAGAAAUCAUCUAA